UGGCCGGAGGCCGGAGUCGCGUGCGCGGAUCACGGGACCGGGCUCUCGCCCUCCCGGAGCGCGGAGCCUCGGCCAUGGAGCCGCCAGUCUUCUACUCCUCGCAGCUCUUGCCCAGCCCGGAGCCCCGUUCCCGGGCCCCCGGCGCGGACAGCGACCCCAGAGCCGGGGCCCGGGAGUUCGAGCGGGGUAGCUCAGGAGCCGAGCCGCUGUUGGACCCCACCCGCCUCAUCAGAGACCCGCAGAAUGGACGCACCUACUACCGGGGCCGUCUCCUGGGCAAGGGGGGCUUUGCCCGAUGCUAUGAGGCCACGGACACCGACAGUGGGCACAUCUAUGCAGUCAAGGUCAUUCCCCAGAGCCGAGUGGCCAAACCACACCAGCGAGAGAAGAUCCUGCAGGAGAUUGCCCUGCAUCGAAGCCUCCACCACCGGCACAUCGUGCGCUUCUCUCACCACUUUGAGGAUGAAGGCAACAUCUACAUAUUUCUGGAGCACUGUAGCCGGAAGUCUCUGGCCCACAUCUGGAAGGCAAGGCAUACACUGCUGGAACCCGAGGUUCGCUACUACCUCCGACAGGUCAUUGCUGCUUUGUGCUACCUGCACCAACGUGGGGUCCUUCAUCGAGACCUCAAGCUGGGAAACUUUUUCAUCACCGAGAACAUGGAACUGAAGCUUGGGGACUUCGGACUGGCUGCUAGGCUGGAGCCCCAGGAUAAAAGGAAGAAGACCAUAUGUGGGACCCCCAAUUAUCUGGCUCCGGAGGUGCUGCUGCGCCAGGGUCAUGGCCCCGAGUCUGACGUGUGGUCCCUGGGCUGUGUCAUGUAUACACUGCUGUGUGGGAACCCCCCCUUUGAGACGGCUGACCUGAAGGAGACGUACCGUUGCAUCAAGCAGGUUCGGUACACGCUGCCCUCCUAUCUUUCCGCGGCUGCCCGACACCUCCUUGCCACCAUCCUUCGUCCUGUGCCUCAAGACCGGCCCUCCCUGGAGGAGAUCCUUCAGCAUGAAUUCUUCACCAAGGGCUAUACCCCAGCUCAACUGCCCCCCUGCAGCUGCACCACAGUCCCUGACCUGACACCUCCCAGCCCUGCCCAAAGCUUCUUUACUAAAGUGACCAAGAGCCUCUUUGGCCGCAAGAAGAAUAAGAGUAAGAUAGCUCCCCAGGAGCAGGACAACCUCUCCCGCCUGGUCAGCGACCUCGUGCUGACAUCCAUCUGCCCUCAGAGCAGCACCAAGGAGCCGAGGCAGGCCCAGGAGGAGGCUGAUGUUGCCCCCAGUCUGGCGGAAACAGCCCCAGAAGAGGGCUCCCCCAGGUCCUUGGCAGCCCUGGGCAGCAGCAGUGAGGGCUCUGAGGAGUAUCUGACCGCAGCCACAGUCAUGGAGUCGACCCUCUGUGCCCUCCGCAACUGCCUGGCCUUCAUGCCCCCAGCUCAGCAGAGCCCAGCACCCCUGGCCUCACCAGAGCACCUGCUGUGGGUCAGUAAGUGGGUGGACUACUCCAACAAGUAUGGCUUCGGUUACCAGCUGUCCAGCAGGCGGGUAGCCGUCCUCUUCAAUGAUGGUGCCCACAUGGCCCUGUCCUCCAACAGGAAGACGGUGCAUUAUAACCCCACCAACACCAAACACUUCUCCUUCCCGGUGGAGGCUGUUCCUCAGCAGCUGCAGGGCCAGCUUGGGGUCCUUCGGUACUUUGCCUCCUACAUGGACCAGAACCUCAUGAAGGGUGGGGACCUGCCCAGCGUGGACGAGACCCAGGGCCCUUCACCCCUGCUCCUACAGUGGGUCAAGACAGACCAGGCCCUGCUUCUCCUGUUCAGCGAUGGCACAGUGCAGGUGAACUUCUACGUGGACCACACCAAGCUGAUCCUGAGCGGCUGGGAGCCGCUGCUCAUCACCUACGUGACCCGGGACCGCAGAGCCCGCACUUACCAAGCACCGCACCUGCAGCGGCUGGGCUGCAGCAAGGAGCUGCGGCUGCGACUGCGCUACGUGCUGCGCCUGCUCCGACAGCGGAGCGGGACCUAGGGACUGCUGCGGGUCCUGUGGACCCUCCCCCGCGGGCUACCUCCAGAAUCUGCCCCAGCUGGCUUAGAGGGCUCCUCCGUAGU